AUGUUUAUUAAAAAAAAUAAAAGAAAAUUCUAAGGAAAAUCCACAUAUGUACAAUAUAAAAGUGAAGAAAAACGACAUACAUACAUAAGAUAACAAGUAAAACAACAGAAGGAAAAAAGAAAAAGGCUUUUCUAUAACAAUGAACAUUUUAUUCGUGUAGAAGAGUACGCAUAACAUUAGAACAGCCCGUAUUGAAGAAAAUAUUUUAAUUAGAGUAGAUUUUUUCACAAAUUGUAUACGUUUUACCAAAAAUUAAUACCAGAUAAAGAAAUGGCACAACAAGAUGUUGUUAAUGAGAUUAAGCAAAAUGUACAAGAAAAAUUUGCUGAACUAAAAUCGGCUGUAAUGAUGCGUGAAAAAUUGUUGCUACGACAACUCGAAGUGAUAAAUACAACCAGAAAACAACAAUUGCAGUCCGGAAAACGAGAGAAGGAUAUUGAUUCUAACAUAGAAUUCCUAUGUGACAAUGAACACGAGCUGCUGGCAGCCAUUCGCAACUUUGGACGCUAUCAGUUGACCAACUUGAACUUGGCCCUGCAGGAUGUUUACUUGAAAAACGAAGACUACAUUAAACCCUCCGAUGAUCAUGAGACCAUGUUCAAAGGUCUAAAUCAAAGUGGUGAAGAGGGGGAAUUAGGUAUAGAAGAUGAGGAGAGCAGAGAGAGUAUUGUGGUAGAUUUUUCUCGCCACAAAAGUCUUAUGGAACACAAUGCCAAGCUUAUGAAUGAAAGCAUUAUAAAUAUAACAUUGAAAGAGGCCAAAGAACUGAUAAAACAGGCUAAACUUAAAAGAGAACAACCAGUACCCCCUCUAAAUUUGGAAGAAUUAGACGAUGAAGUUGAAUCUUCUAUUGCCGACGUGGUAUCCAGUCUCGAACAAGGUUCUUUGGAGCAGCACUCGGAAUUGUUGUCGAACAACAAAUAUUCUCAAACUCAACAGCAAUCAACAAAACAAAAAAGAUUUAAACCAAAAAUUACCAUUAAUAAUUGCAAUGGCACUAUUAAUUUAAGGAAUAUAGCCUCUUUAACUAUAAACUGCACAACAGAGGACAAUGUCCAGGCGCAAAUACCGGUACGCUAUCCAAAUCAAGAGGAUGAAGAAGAGGAAGAAGCCUCAUCAUCUACUAACAAGGCUAAAUCUAAGUCCUCACAAAAAUCAAAGACUUUGAUGGAAUCCCUGGUCUCUUCUAGUUCCAAUACUGAAUGCACUUCACCCUCAUCCACCAGUAACAGUAACACACCCAACAGUUUAUCCAACUAUUCCAGCAACAAUAGUUCACGUUCUCAAUCUACCAAAAAGCCGAAAUCCAAAAAAUCUCACGUAAAGCCCGAAAAAUCUCACAACAUGGAAAAUAAACCACUUAGAAAUCCCAAUAAUCCAGAAUCUCAAGACAACGUAGUCGAAUCUUCCUCUUCGUCGAUGGCCAAUGAAGUGACUUGUGACUUUUACAAUCGUCUUUUGAAUGAAAUUAAAAAAUCGAUUAAUCAACAGCAAAGAGUUCGCUCAAAAUGUACUUCAAGCUCAGUCCAUUCACAAGCUACACAACAAAAUGCAGACUCUUCUACCAGUUUUAAUGAGUACUUGGGAGAAGAUCCACAAGGCAGACGUUUGGUUUUGAAAAAUUUCGAAAAUCUUAAAAUCAUUUUAGAAGCACACAGCAGUGGCGAUGAGGAAUCAUUUCAUCCUGUGCAAAUCGAACAAUGGCUGGCAGAGAUUAUAUCAGAUACCGAUUUGGAACCCAUGCAGAAUACCGACAUUUUAGAACAUUCCAAAAUCUACAAUGAAGAAACACAAGAAACUUAAAUACUCUUCGCAUACAGCAGCACGCAACAAAGUAUUUCCCCUUUUUUAAAAUUUUAUUUAUAUUUUGUACUUAAGUUUUAAGAAUUACUAAUAAUUUAAGACUGUCCAUUGAAAGUUCAUUUAGAUGUGUGUUUAAAUUGAAUUUAAUUUUAUUAUCUCAGUAUUUGCAUUUUCGAAUAUAAUCGAAUUCGAACGUAAAACGUGUUCUAUUUUAUAUUAAUGUCUCAUUUAAAAUUCCAUUUUAUUGUUUAUUUUAACAAUUUAAUUAAUUCUCCUUGCUUUUUUACAUGAAAACGAUUCCUUAAAUAAAGCAUCACAUUUCAGAAUUUUAUGUAAAAAACAUACUUUAUUUU